UAUAAUUAUAUGUCUGCUAACUGUAUUCAAGAUAAAAAAUUCGCUUAAAUAAAUGAAGAUUUCACUAUAGAUAAUCUUGAUUAAUCAACAACAAAUUAAUCAAAAUAAAGUAACGCAACACUUUCUAUAGCCUUUCCAAAUGCUGAUAACAAUUAUAGGUACAGACCAAUCAAAACUUAAAGUAUUUUUAAACUUAAUGAAAGGAAGCCUUUUGUCACUGACUCCUUAAAUUAGUCAAAGAAGAAGUUCAAAAUCACUCAUUGAACAUACAAAUAUUAUUGAAGAAGAAGUAUUAACAAUAUUUAAAAUAUUAGCCAUAAAUUUAAGGAUAGAAUGAAGUAUUUAUAGUUUAUUGGUAUGACUAAAAUAUUGAUCAUAAAUAUGAGAUAAUAUUAUAAGCUCUUAAUAAUAUUACAAUUGGUGAUCUUAUUCAACUUUUUAUCUAAUAAUUCAAUGAUCAAAACUAAUAUUUAUAAACACCGUUUUCAUCUAACAAUCAUGAUACAAAUGUUUAUGAAUUAUAUAUACCUAAAAAGAAAAAAGGUAACCCAAAUGAAGAUUUUCCAGGUAUUGUAUUUCAAAUUAUUUUAGCUUUCGCUAAUUAAACAUUACUUAAUUAAACCAAUUUAAAAGAAUUUUCCUUAAAGAUAACUACUAAAUAAAUUAAAAAUUAUUCGACAGCACUUUCAAAUACCUAAAAUAUAUCAGCAACUAAAUCUAAUAAUAAAUAGAGAUAAAGUUUAACAAAUUCUAGUUAAAAAAAGAAGAAAACCUUUUUCUAGAAAUUAUUCUUUUGCUGCAAUCAGGCUGAAGAAUUUUGA